AUGACGCUACACCAGAUCGAAAUGUGUGGCGUGAAGUCUCUUGAGGCGGGCUACCACCUCUUUUCCGUCGAUGCAGUGCCAUCGAAUCCUGGGCCCGCGCAGACAUAUGAGAAUAAGAUCAAAUGGGUUGCGAUUAUGAAAAUAUUUCUGGAAUACGGCGCAGAUGUCAAUGCCAGUUUCCCAGAGACCAGGCUCGACUUGUGCGAUCCUCCAGCGGACAUGGACCAGACUACGUCUCUGCGCUUCAAAACACUAGAGCCUGAGCAGACGUUGCGGGACGUGCUGAGCCUCAACAGCGAGUACAAUAGCGAGUAUAGAGAGUAUCUAGGGAUCAUCGAGGAGAAGCGCAAUAUACAACCGCGCCAAGUAGCGGAAGCGCCCAUGUCCCCCCAGCUCAUGCCCGUAUCGGCGACACCCGAGUCGCCAAGUAAGAUGCCGAGGCUUGACCGUCUUUCGCAGUCUUCAACUCGUUCAUGCGCACAGCCAGAGACGGGUGGUGUCAGGACAAUUGAUACCGAGGAAGGGCAGCCGCCGGGGGAUCAUGCUCAAAGACGGACUUCUCGGUCCACCCAAGAACAGCCUUCCGAGGAAAGUCAACCAGACCAAGAGGUUCAGCGGAAUAGGUGGUCUCGUUUACGACAGGGGAUUAGUCGUUUCGGGCAUAGCCGGACCCCUAAGUAG